ACUUUUAAUGAGAAUAUUUAAUAAAAAAAUGUAUAUCCAAUUCGAAAAAAGUCUAAUAUGGCAUCACCAGGAAGCGUGACAGCUGCCAGCUGCUACUCACAUUUGCGGCGUCGCUUAUCUUUAAUAUUAGCCCAUUGGCGAAAAAUUCUUCAGUAAAUUUUUGGCACCUCGCACUUUAAAAGCCGGUGAAGCAAGAAAAUGGUUUUGCCAGCGGCAGAAGUUGUUUUGUAUAGCGUACUUGGAGUGAUCCUUUUGGAAAACAUAUUUGAUAUCUACAUUACAUAUCGUCAGAUACGAGUUUACAGAACAGCUUUGAAAGUGCCCAGGGAGCUUAAAGACUGCAUGAAUGAUGAGACAUUCCAGAAAGCGCGUCUUUAUGGCCUCGAUAGAGCCACUUUUGGCGUAUUCAGCGCCAUUAUAAAAGAUGUUAUACUGAUGUGCAUUGAACUCUAUACUGGCUUCAUUGCUGUACAAUGGGCUUGGGCAAUUGACUUGGCAAACCUACUGCAUUUAAAUGCCGAUAAUGAAAUCAUUAUCAGCUGCCUAUUCGGACUUAUCACCAGUGUAAUUGGUACAGUUAAGGAUAUUCCAUUUAAAAUUUACUCGGUAUUUGUGCUGGAAGAGAAACAUGGCUUCAACAAGCAAACUGGUGGAUUUUUCGCAUGGGAUCAAGUAAAAGGCUUCCUCGUCACUCAAGUUUUAAUGGUUCCUAUCAUUUCGGCCACCGUAUGGAUUGUGCAGAACGGCGGUGAUCAAUUCUUUAUUUGGUUGUGGCUUUUCACAGGCAUCACCUCAUUAGUUUUGCUUACCAUAUAUCCAAUCUUCAUUGCACCACUCUUCGAUAAAUACACACCGUUGGAGCAAGGUCCUCUACGUAAAUCCAUUGAAGAUCUCGCAGCCAUGCUUAAGUUCCCGCUUACCAAAUUGUACGUUGUUGAGGGUUCAAAACGUUCAUCGCACAGCAAUGCUUACUUUUAUGGCCUGUGGAAUUCGAAACGCAUUGUGCUCUUCGACACUUUGCUCCUCAACAAAGGCAAGCCAGAUGAUUCGGAAUUGAAAGAGGAAGAUAAAGGCAAGGGUUGCACAAAUGAAGAAGUGCUCGCCGUACUGGGACAUGAAUUGGGUCAUUGGAAGUGUGGUCAUGUAACCAAAAAUAUUGUUAUCGCACAAGUACAUUUACUUUUAUUAUUCGUCGUUUUUGGUUAUUGCUUCACCUAUGGUCCCUUCUAUGAAGCAGUCGGCUUCCAACCUGGUACACGCCCCAUCAUUGUCGGUUUACUUGUUGUGUUCACAUACGUAAUGGCACCAUAUAAUGCUAUAGUCAAUUUCGCUAUGACAACUCUCUCACGUUACUUUGAAUAUCAAGCCGAUGAGUUUGCACAUGGUUUGGGUUUCUCGAAGCAGUUGGGUCAAGCUUUAAUCAAAUUGAAUUUGGACAACUUGGGCUUCCCCGUUUACGAUUGGUUGUACUCGGCUUGUAAUCACUCACAUCCUACGCUUUUGCAACGCAUGGACCGACUAAAACAAUUAGAUGUGGAAGAAAAAACACAGAAAAAGCAAAACUAAAGACGAAGCUGGUGCUAUGCGAGUGUACUAAGCUAAAAGAAUAAAAGUUUCUUUACAGUUGCCAAUGCUACUGCACUCAGCGUAAAAAAGCCGCACAGUUACAGUUUCUCACCGCUGUACUAGUCUCACGCCGAUUUCAAUUAACAAUCAACUAUUUUAUAAAUAUAUAUCAUUUUUUAAUAUUUGUAUUUUUAGUUGUACAAAUUUAGUUUUAUUCAGCGAAAUAAAUCGGAGUUAAAGGAAGCUUUUAAACGAAAAA